AUGACCCGUCAAGGACGGGAGAUACAAAAAUUACCAAACUCUUAUGGAACUGGCUCCAGCGGCGUCUGCAGCAAGGAGCACCUCGAUACUAGCGGGAGGUUAGUGGUUGGAAUUUUGGCUUCCUUCUUCAUCUGUCAUGUCUUGUUGCAUGCUGGUGUGCUUUCUCAUGUUAGUGCUAAAGAUACACUUGCACCGGGGGAAAAACUGUCAUCGGAUACCGGAGAUUACUUGGAGUCAUCAAACCAACGGUUCAGAUUAAGAUUCGUGGGACGACCUGGCUCUACUUCCAGCUGGUAUUUGUGUAUACAGUUAACACAGUAUGUCGCCCUGUCCACUUCAGAAGAAACCGCAAUUUGGGUUGCUUGGUCGGGCGAAAGCCAAGCUUUCCCUCCAUAUUUAACAAUGGAUGAAGAAGGCCACUUGGUAGUGUCCACCGGGAAUGCUUUCGUUGUGAAUAAAGAACAACAUGUGUACGCUAAAAACACGACAGCAACUCUACUUGACACGGGCAACUUGGUUCUCCAAUGCCCCGCAUACACCUGCAUAAAGGGCUUAGGACAAGCUUUGUCCAAUGUCGGUUAUCAAGAUUGUUACAGCCUCAGUUUCAACAGUUCUGAAAGUUUAUACUUCAAUUAUUCUACAGGUAGUGGUACUAUGUUGUGGCAAAGUUUUGAUCGCCCUGCUAAUACUUGGCUUCCGGGCAUGAAAAUGGGUUGGUUCGGGCUGAAAACGCGACAACCUCAGCAGCGUCUCCUGACGUCUUGGACGAGCGAGGAAAACCCUUCUCCGGGUGCUUUUACUCUAGGGGUUGAUCCAAACAAUACCAAGCAGAUAGUUGCCAUGCACAGAGGGAUUGUUUAUUGGCAAAGUGGGGAGUGGAGUGGCACCAAAUUCCGAUUUCUUGAUGGGGAUUUCCCUCUCAGGUAUUUCUCUAACCACAACGAUAGCUAUUUUGUUUUGGAUGGGAAUUCGAGCUAUAUCGCCACUGUGCUUGCAAUGGGGAAAGUGAAGGUUAGAAUCAAAGGGAAAUUUAAAGACAUAUACACUAUAUCUGGGUGCUAUAGUGACAAAUUUUAUAACAAUAAGGGGUGUAUAAGACCCAAACAGUACAAUUGUAGCGUUGGGGACUGGUUCAAUUCAACAAACGGUGUCAUAGAUGGUGUGUGGGAACAGUAUUUGUUCAGUUCUGGGCUUGGUAUUAGUGACUGCAAGGAAAUAUGUGAGACAAAUUGUUCCUGCAACGCCUAUGCUGCUGUCAGGACUGAUGGAACUGGUUGCAAAUUUUCUUCUUCCACUGCCUACCAUUACGUGUCUAAUGGUGAAGUUCUUUACAUUCGCAAUGCAAAAUCAGCCCCAAUUGUGAACUCGAGGCAAGAACUUGAUGGUAAGGAAGAUGAGGAGUUACCUUUCUUCCCUUUUAAAAGCAUAGAGAUGGCCACAAAUUACUUUUCUAAUGAAAAUAAGCUUGGUGAAGGAGGAUUUGGCCAUGUCUACAAGGGAACAUUAGCCAACGGUCAAGAUAUCGCAGCAAAGCGGCUCUCAAAAAUGUCUGGACAAGGAAUCGAACAAUUCAAGAAUGAAGUCCUAUUGAUUUCAAAAUUGCAACAUAGGAAUCUUGUCAGACUUUUAGGUUGUUGCACUCAAGGAGACGAGAAGAUAUUAAUAUAUGAGUAUCUGCCAAAUAAAAGUUUGGAUUCAAUUCUUUUUGAUGCAAGAAAAAAAGUUUGCCUUGAUUGGAGAAAGCGUGCCUCUAUUAUUAAUGGGAUUGCUCAAGGACUUUUGUACCUCCACAAGUAUUCAAGACUAAGGAUUAUACACAGAGAUUUAAAAACAAGUAAUAUCUUAUUAGACAUUGAUAUGCAUCCCAAGAUUUCUGAUUUUGGAACAGCUAGAAUAUUUAAAGAUAAUGAUUCUCGAGUAAGGACAAAAUGCAUUAUUGGGACUUAUGGAUACAUGUCUCCUGAAUAUGCCAUGGAUGGUCUAUUCUCUGAGAAGUCUGAUGUUUUUAGCUUUGGAGUCAUGGUGCUAGAGAUUGCUUGGGAUUUAUGGAUAGAAGGUCGAGUUUCAGACUUGAUAGACCAAACAAUAGACCAUAUGGUUUCAACAAAUGAAGCAACAAGAUGUAUUCAAAUAGGUCUACUAUGUGUUCAAGAAAGUGCAGCGGAUAGACCUACCAUGUCAGAUGUGGUAUCUAUGCUUGGUACAGAAUCAAUAGUUUUACCUACUCCUAAGCAACAUGGAUUUUCUAAUGCCAUUGGCUCAAAAUAUGAUAAUGUUGCUGUACGAGGAAAAGCCGAAACCCUAGGGUUCUUCGAUUUAGUCUACAGAAUGGGGGAUGGGUUGAAGAAUUUCGACGUAGAGAAGCUCAUGUUGUGGAGCAACGACCUCGUUGAGGUCUUGAAGGAUGGCGAAGAUGUCAAUUCAUUGAAGCAGCUAUUGGAGCAAUCUAACUCCCUUCAAUCUCAGUGCAAUACUGAUUUUAACGAGACCCAGAGGUCCAUUGAAGAUUAUGAAAAGAAGGUAGAUAUGUGCAAACGUAAAACUCUGGAAGCAAAAUCUGAAGCUUCAACUGAUGCUGAAAUAGAAUCACUACAAAAAGAUCUUGAAGAGGAGCUUCAAAGAGAAAUUAUUGCAGAAGAAAUGAAUGAUUUAGAGCAUCAAAGAUUCUCCAUUGAGGAACAAGGGAAAUCCCUUAAGCAACUUGAGCGAGAUGACUCAAGAGCAGAGAUGAAGUUAUCAUUGUUUGCUUCAGUUACAAAUAUUAUUCCAAGCUUGGAUGAUCAAUCAAAAAUAUCUGGCUGUAUCCUUAUUGAAAAAUUGAUGUUUAUGUUUAUCUAUUUUUCCUUUAUUUCUUGCCAUGUGGCUGUUCUCAUUAGAACUGUUCGCCAUCUGCUGCAACUGGAUAGUCCUUCACUCAACACAGAUAUAGUUCAGAGAGAUAAAAAUGUGGUUGAAGAUUUUGACUUUGACCCAAAAGAUAUGUCCGAGUUUGAAACUUUGUUCUUUGGCUACAAACUGAGAGUUAAUGUUCCAGUUUCGUACUUGUUUUAUGGAGAUAGCAAUUCAAGUGGAAGUGGACUUGAACUUGGUAGGAAGAAAUUAAAGACUGCAAAUUGCUGCAAAAUGACAGCAAGAAUAUCUGUCUCCUCUGUUGUUUCUUGUCUGACAUUUUGUUGCAAAUUUGUGUUCUUUUGUCAUGCUUUUGACACCCUUAGACAAGGCCAAACCUUGCAGAAUGGCGAAACAUUAGUUUCUGCAAAUGGAAUCUUUGAAUUAGGAUUUUUUGGUACAGGUGAUCCUGGAGGGAACCACUAUUUGGGAACUUGGAUCAAGAAAGAUGUUCAUAAGAAGGCGUUUUGGGUAGCGAACCGGGACAAUCCAGUUUACGGUGAGACUGGAAAUCUGACAAUAAGGUAUGAUGGGAACCUGGUGAUCUCUGAUGUUAGGAUUUAUCCUAAUAUAGUAGUAAACUCUGAAAUGGUGGCAACGGGUGGGAACACGAGGGCAACGCUUCUUGAUUCUGGAAACUUUGUUCUUUAUGAAGGGGAGAAGGUUCUAUGGCAGAGUUUUGAUUACCCCUCUGAUACUUUUUUGCCAGGAAUGAAGCUGGGAUGGUUAGGCAUUGAUACAAACCAAACAAGAAAGUCAUUUCUUGUAUCCUGGUUGACUCCUUCUGUUCCUGCCAGUGGUCCAUUUGCUUUAGGCCUUGAUUCACACAACAAAUCAAUUUUCAAAGUUUGGCGUCGGGUCAUUAUGUCUCAGGAGAUCGGUUUCUGGGAUGGCCACACUUUUAGAUUCUUCUUCCAGAGAGUAUCAGACAGCUACAGCUUCACCUUUGUGUCAAACAAGAACGACAUUUACCUCACAUUUAACACGAACGAAGGGAAAAACAUGUCUUGGUUUGUUCUGACAUCAAGCGGGGAAAUCAACGAGUUUACUAUGUUGGAUGGAGGGGUGGCAAUUGUAAACCACACUCUUUGCAACACCAGGGAGGCUCCCGAAACCAAAGGGUGUUUGGUUCCACUGCCAAACAUGUGUGGUGGUAACAAUAAUUUCUCAGAGAUCAAAGGCUCUAUACCCGUCUCAAUGGUUGUUUCUAGAUCCACCGGUGUAGGCCCCAGCGACUGCGAAAUGAUGUGCCUAAUCAACUGUUCUUGUUCCGCUUUUGCAUCGUUUCAAAACGAUGGAACUGGAUGCCAGCUUUACUACGGUGACAAACGAGAUCUGCUAAAAAGCAUAGGUGGAGGCAACAGCAGCCUUUAUGUCCGAGGCGACGUUCCUAAAAGUUCAGGGAUUCAAAGGAAAUGGAAAUGGGCUAUUAUCAUAUCAACUGUGGUUGUUUUAGUACCACUAGUUCUCAGCUCAGUAUGGUGUUAUCUUGGAUACAAAAAGGUCAACCAUAUAGGAAUCGCCAGGGAAGAAGAUGACAUAAGAGACAGUGCAUCACUGUUAUUGUUUCAGUUUGGUACUAAUGUAGCAGCAGUUGAUACACAAAAUAGUGCAGAUGCUGUUGAACAAGGCAAGUGGAAUGGUUGUGAAUUGCCUCUAGUGAGCUUUUCUUGCAUUGUAGAUGCCACCGGCAAUUUCUCUGCUGAAAACAAGAUUGGGGAAGGCGGUUUUGGUCCCGUGUACAAGGGCAAAUUACUGGGACAUGAGAUUGCAGUGAAGAGGCUAUCAAGACUGUCUGGACAAGGACUAGAGGAAUUCAGAAAUGAGGUUAGAGUAAUUUCCAUGCUGCAGCAUAGCAAUCUUGUGAGGCUUUUGGGGUACUGCACUGAACAAGAAGAGAAGAUAGUACUCUAUGAGUACCUGCAAAACAGAAGUUUGGAUUCAAUUCUUUUCGAUGAAACAAAGAGUGUGAUGCUAGACUGGAGAAAGCGGGUGCACAUAAUCGAAGGGAUUGCUCAAGGUCUCCUUUAUCUUCACAAGUACUCCAGAUUAAGAAUUAUCCAUCGAGACUUGAAAACGAGCAACAUAUUAUUAGAUACUUAUUUCAACCCGAAAAUAUCUGAUUUUGGCAUGGCAAGAAUCAUUGAUGAGAGUAUUCCAACAAAAACCAAAAGGAUUGCAGGAACAUAUGGCUAUAUGUCUCCCGAAUAUGCAGUGCAUGGGCUAUUCUCCACGAAAUCUGACAUAUUUAGCUUCGGGGUUAUCGUACUAGAGAUCAUUAGUGGGAAGAGGAACACCACAUUUUACGAGGCCAAUGGUUCUCUGAACUUGCUGGGAUUUGCAUGGGAAACCUGGAAAGAAGAGCGAUGGGUGGAAUUCAUGGAUCCAGCAUUGGCUAACUCAUGCAAUCUGGAUGAGGUCAAGUUAUGCCUUAAUGUGGCUCUCCUAUGCAUCCAAGAAAAACCAAAAGACAGGCCAACAACGUCGGACGUGGUUUCGAUGCUGAACAAUGAAAGAGGUGGUCGUUUACCGGUACCCAAACGGCCUGCUUUCUCAACUCUAACGGAGUCAUACGUUGAAUCAAAGCUGGAGGGGCAAAAGCCUUCUUGUAAUGACAUUACUUUCUCUGCAAUUGAAGGGAGAUAGAAGGGCCAGUUUAGUACUUCUUUCUGGUAGUUAGUCUGUAUUAAGAUGGAGCCAUGGAAACAUAUUUUUUGAUAGGUGGCAUUCACUCGCAAGUACAUAAAUUCACUGGUAUAAAUACAUAUUUAUACUAUUUAGGUAUAUAAAUUCACUAUUGUAGAUACAUAAAUUCACU